AUGACUGGAGAAGAUCAAAUCAUAAGACGUGUUGACAGACACGGGUUCAUCAUUGAUAACGUCAAGACGACACGUAGGGAGUUUCCUGAUGUCAACAUAGUGACCAGACAGGGAGAUCUGAUGCAUAGUGUUGGUGAAAAUGGAACUGUGAAGAUUGUCAGACAGGAGAGAACAGAGGUAAUGUUAACUACACCAAAGGGUUUUAAACCAAGGGAACCGUGCCGUACAGAGUCGGGGGACAUUCUCGUUAAUCUGCAUAAUGAAAAACGAAACAAAAUCGUUCGUUAUCAGGGAGAAACAGUGAAAGAAGACAUAUAUAAAGAUGACAGUGAAAAAGAUAUCGUUAAAAAUGGUGAUGAUUUGCUGCUUUUGUACGAGAACAACAAUUGA